AACUUGCAGAGAUAAGCAAAGCAGAAGCUUUUCCAUUAAAACUCGCAUUUGUCCCAGCUGCCACACGAUCAUUACACCGAUAAAAAUCAAAGGCAGCUGGACGGGGAGCAAGACGGCCUAUGUAGGCUAAAGAAUUUGCUGAAGGUCACGUAACCUGAGGCCAAGCUGGAUCUUGUGACUCCCAGGCUGGUGCUUUGAUCCGGGACCCCUCCUGCUGUACAUGCUAGCUUCACUGCUUGGCUGAACAUGUCUGGGAAAACAGCUAGCACCACCAACAACAUAGCCCAGGCCCGACGGACUGUCCAGCAGCUCAGGAUAGAAGCCUCAAUAGAAAGAAUAAAGGUGUCGAAAGCCUCAGCAGACCUAAUGCUCUACUGUGAAGAACAUGCCAAGAAAGAUCCCUUGCUAAUGGGCAUCCCGGCUUCAGAGAACCCUUUCAAGGACAAGAAAACCUGUAUUUUAUUGUAGGAGAGCAGCAGCUCCUCCACGGCCCCCCCCCGGGCAAAGCCUCUCUAAGGUACCGGCUCCUCACUGUGCCAGAGCGGCCGCUCUUUUACCAGGCCUAUAAACCAUUUCUUCAGCUUUUUCCAAGCGUUUCUUCUCUUCCCUACCUUCAGUAGGAGGUUUCCACCUGAAUUCACCUCUUUCUUGUCCAAGGGGAUGGGGUCUGUGUCUCCCCAUCCCCGGGAUUUGUGGGGGGGAACCCAGGGUCACUCCGCAAGUUUAAAUGCGACCAAAGUUGCCUGAGCUUUGCUGAGGGAGCGGAGGCGAAGGGGCAAAACACCUGAUUUUAUGUUUUUUGUUAAAUUCUGUCUGCGGGGAGGGGGGGUGGAGCUGUGUUGGUGGCCUGUGGUUCUGCAGAGCCACGUUUCUAAGUGCAUUUUCUAGCAAAAACUACCUUGAAAAAGGAUUGUAGCAGCCGGUGGUGAGCUCCCAGGAGC